AUGGCGAGUUCUUCAGCAUCAUCAUUUUCUGAUGAGAUUCCAAACAAUAAUACCCAGGAAAGUUACAUAAUCAAUUUCCCUUUCUCACCUGCUUUACCAUCAUGCGGCUUAUUUGACAUGUUUCCACCACCAUCACUAUCUGAUCAUCAUGAUCAAAAUGAUGCUUCUUUUGCUGGUGACAUGGACAUGUUGAGCUCAGAUGAAUUCAACACUUCUUGGUUCUCAGACUUCAACUUUGAAACCGACACGUCAGAAUCACUACCUGUUGCCACCCAAACUGACGUGCAGUUGCCUCCUUUGCCAGUUCUAUCCCCCACUGCGAUGUAUGAGGUUAUGAAAAACAAUGUGACGGCUUCUACCUCAGGUUCCUCUUUGAAUACUUCGUCACCAAAUGAGGCCGGUGUUGUUGCUAACAAAUCAGUUGUUGCAAGAGCUGAGAAUGAAGAUGAACGUGAAUUUGUUGAAGGAAAAGAAGCUGAAGCUGAGGAUCGCGGUCAAGAUCGUCGAGUCGUAGCAGUGGAGAAUCGAAAUGAUCAAAAUCAAACUAAGAAACUAUCGGCGAAACCAAAGAAGACAGACAAGAAGAAGCAAAAGCCGAAUAGAGUUAUUUUCAAGACACAAACUGAACUUGAUCACUUAAAUGAUGGUUAUAGGUGGCGCAAGAGCUAUUACCGUUGCACCACCCCCGGUUGUGAAGUGAAGAAGCACAUAGAGCGUUUCGGGCCCAAGCCUUCCAUGCUACUAAUCUCUUAUGAAGGCGACCACACCCACCUAGCUCCAAAGGUGACUUGUGCUUCACGCCUUGAAAUCAUGCAUGAUGCUAUUGUUGCUAGUGUCCAUAAAAUCCACCGUAAAAUCAAAACUAAUGGUGUUGCUUUUGCUCUAAACGAACUUCCAAUGUCGCAAUAG